AUGCGCUUUUUCAUCAACGAGAUUUGUGAUCAGUUAUAUGCAUUACAACAAGUUCAACCUCAGACACCAAUCCAAACAUAUCGUGGUCAAUUGAUUUCCAUUGAGGAACUGGCUACUUUGGAAAAAUCUGUUGAUCAAUCAAUUUUGAUGAAAUCUUUUUUUUCAACAACGAUUGAUCGAAAUUUAGCAGUAUUCGUUCUGGGUGACGCUGCUCAGCAAUUAGAACGAUGGCAUGUUCAUCAUAUAAUCUCAUUAAAACGUGUAUUAUUCAUUAUUGAUGCUGAUCCUUCGAAAGUCAAUGAUCUAAUCUCAUUUGCAGAUAUUAGUUCGAAGAGUUAUUUUCCUGAAGAACAAGAAAUACUUUUUAUGGCGGGAUCCAUUUUUCGUGUUUGUGAUAUAAGUUUCGAUGAAAAUGAGAAGAUUCACCUGAUCACCAUGAAGUUUUAUGACAUCGAUGUUAAGGUCAAGGAAUUAUUAGUUCAUCGAACAAAACGUGUUGGCAAUGACAAUUCGUUGAUUACGCUUGGUUAUUUAAUGAAAGAGAUGGGUAGAUUCGACUUGGCAGAAACAUAUUACCAUCAAUCAUUGAAUAAAAUGUUAAACCGUAAAGGUUUUCGUUAUGACGAAGAAAAUACCGCUGUCUGUUAUCAUUCACUCGGCGGUAUCGCUGAAGAGAGAAAGGAAUAUGAAAAAAGUCUCGAAUGGUAUCAAAAAGCACUUGACAAAUAUAAACAAGUACUUCCUGCUAAUCAUGAUUUAAUUGCUGAUUCUUAUCACUGUGUUGGUUUAAUGCAUGCACGAACAGGUAAUAUAGAUCGAGCACUUGAAUCGUUAGAAACAGCUUUAUCAAUCCUGAGAACAAAUCAUGAUGAGAUGCAUCCUAUGAUAGCUUAUUGUUUGCAUGGAAUAGGAAAUACUUAUUUACUGUCGAAAAAUAUUCGUGACACCUCAAAUGUUGCACUAGAAUUUCUGCAUAGAGCUCUGAAUAUUAGACAACAAGUUCUUCCCGAGAAUGAUCCGUCUAUUGGUACGUCUCUGCAUAGUAUAGGAAGUGUUUAUCGAGCUCUUGGUCAAUUUGAUGAAGCUUUAACAUUCUAUGAACGCUCAUUGGAAGUGAAAUUGAAGUCUAUGCCCGUAUCUCAUCCGACGGUGAUCGCAAAUUACCAUAUAUUAAAUACCAUCUGUCAAGAAAAAGGUGACUAUGAAAGAGCAUCCAAAUACGCUGAACUUAUGGUUCAAUCAGAAGUUCAAUCACUCGUUCUGAAGCAACCUGAUUGUAUUGGUAUAGAAUUUCACCGAUCCGACGGAUUCUCCGAAGAUUCUAACACUUAA